AUGGCAUACGCACAAUGGGUCGUCAUCCACAUCAUCAACAGUUUCCGAAGUGGAAACAUCAGCGUCAAGAAUGCGGAAGCCAUGUGGGGUAAAUUCCACAAGAACGGCAACAAAGACGCAGAAAUAGGCGCUGGUGAAAUCAACAAAGUGAGCGUUGGCGCAGGCUCGAGCGAGAAGGUAUCAUCUUGUGGACGCUCUGACUCCGCUUCUGGCACCGAGGGUAAAUUUGACAUCUACGACGGAGACAACAGAGUCUGCACCAUUUACUGGUCCUGCCCUUGGGGUUCCAAGUCGAACAGCUUCCAGGUGCAGAACCGCAACAAGGACUACGGUAUUACUCCUGGUGAUUGGAACCAGGACUCUGGUGCCCUUGGAGAGGUGGACAUCGACAUCUCGAGGAAGGGUUAG